AUGGAAGGGGAGGGUCGACUGUCCGCAGGUGGCCUCCUCCUCCUCCUGCAAUCCGCCCCCAUCCGGCACCAGCGCCCCGCCCCCAACGGCCGGGUGGGGCCGGUCGGGGAGCGUCUGGCGCUCUCGCGGGUACCGUUCUUUGGUCAGCGUGGGCGCGGCUCGGCUCUGGGGGGGCCCGGGUCAGGGAAGGGCGCGACGCGAGGUGGCGUCCCGGCCAAUGAGCGCCAUCAGGGCGGGGCCCGCACUCGGCCGGCCAGGCGCGCGCGCUGGGUGCUGGGCGUGCCCACGGGUGACGCUCAGGGCCGGGCCGGCCAAUGGGCGCGGGGUGGCGGGCGGGCGGGCCUCGAGGCCGGGGCUUUAGGAAGCGAACCCGAGGCCGACCGGACAGGCUGA